CCCAUCGCAACCUUGCGCGCCCUGCAGAGAGAAUCCAGAUUGGCAGCAAUCGGCCCAAGGAAAUAAUCCAUCGCCACUCAACGCCCACCAAGGAAGAAAGCAUUCGCUGUUUGUCGCGCAUCGUUCGUCGCGACGGGGAUUUACUGAAGAGCACGCCUUGCUCCUGCGCGAUCGUCUGAGGAGCCGCUGGUCGCGUGCGCUGUCGCUCUAUCAACUCGAGGGCUUAUCAUCUCGACAAGAAGCCGCCUGGUCUUUCCGAAACCUUAUGGCUCCCUGAACCACUCGACAUCGGAUUUUAUUUUCGACGUCACCCUCUCCACAGACCACAGACCACAGACCACACAACCACCACCCGAGCAACCAGUUUGACUUUUGCCCCAACUUCUGCCUGCCGUACCUAUCACGCCAGCCAGCGACAGACAGUCCGUGUCCUGUCCACACCCGAGCGCCUGUCCGCCAGCCCGUUCUUCACACUUCGCUGCAGCACCGACGCGCUCCCCAUCUUUGGAGCGCGCAAACCCCAGAACAAAGUGGCGGCCCUUGCUCUCCUCAACCCGGCCGAGCCCGAGCUAUCGCAAUCGCCGCACCAUUUCGAUAUCGCACCCCACCUGCUCAGCGACACCACCCUCGACGUCGACGUCGGAGACGAGGCCAUCGAGCGCUUGAUGAUGGCACAACCCGUGCCUCAUCAGACGACGGCCGACAAGAAGCGCGUCAAGGUCUACGAGCUUCGCAACAAUGACUGGUUUGACCGCGGCACCGGUUUCUGCACCGCCUGCUUCGUCACGAUCCAGGAAGAGCAAAAGGAACCCCGCGUGAUCGUCCAGUCAGAAGACCAGCCGGACAGACUACUGCUCGAGACCAAAAUAGUGAAGGAUGAUGGCUUCCAGAAGCAGCAGGGCAUGUCACUCAACCUUUACGGUAUCCGGAGUUUGUUCUCUAACUUGCGCCACAGACACCCUCAUUGUUUGGACCGACAAUGGCGUCGACAUGGCGCUUUCCUUUCAGGAGGCAGACGGAUGCCAGGCAAUAUGGUUUGUCUGAACCUGUUCGCAUGCCACGCUCGUCGCAUCAAGCUCACUCGCCGGGUGCUAGGAAAUUCAUCGACCACGUUCAACAACAAUUCCAGGCCGCCAUGGGGGGACCAGGUAGGAGCUGCAUAACCUAUCCAGGGGAGUGCCUGCUGAUUCGCCGUGCUGCAGAUGAUGGUCUCUCAGACGACUUGGCGAUGGACAUGCCCACCUCCAUCCAGCUCCCGCCUGCUGAGCUGGGGACGCUGAUCGAUAUAGAGAAUACCCUGCGGAACCUUUCGCAAUCCCCGUCCGGCCGCGAUGCCCUCGCCAAAGCAAUCAUGAGCGAAGACUACAUCGCCAAACUUAUUCCACUAGUAGAAAUGGCCGAGGAUAUGGAGAGCUUGGGGGACCUACAUCAUCUCUGCAACAUCAUGAAGACGGUGGUGUUGCUGAACGACACCGGCCUCAUCGAACAUGCCGUGUCUGACGAGUGUGUUUUGGGAGUUGUGGGUGCGAUGGAGUACGAUCCCGAUUUUCCGACGCACAAGGCGAACCACCGGCAGUGGUUGAACAACCAGGGGCGGUAUAAGGAGGUGGUCAGGAUCCAAGAUGACCAAGUGCGACGCAAGAUCCAUCAGACCUACCGACUACAGUACUUGAAGGACGUUGUGCUUGCUAGGAUCCUGGACGACCCUACCUUUUCAGUUCUCAACUCGCUCAUCUUUUUCAACCAGGUCGAGAUCGUGCAGCACCUCCACAUGACGCCCGGUUUCAUGACGGAUCUCUUUGCCGUGUUUGGCGACCCGACUGUGCAGCCGCUGCGCAAAAAGGAAGCCGUCAUUUUCAUCCAGCAAAUGUGCGCCAUCUCGAAGAACCUCCAACCACCUGCCCGCCAAGGACUCUAUGGCAACUUCCUCCAGCAAGGACUUGUUCCCGUUAUCAAUUACGGGCUUAGGCACCCUGACGUGACGGUCCGGGUUGGUGCUACAGACAUUCUCGGCUCCAUACUCGAGUUUGACCCCUCCAUGAUCCGAAAGACCAUCUACGAGCAGACCCAUAGAAAACAAGCGCCCCUGACCGACGCCCUCAUCGAUCUCCUCCUCGUCGAAGUGGAUCUGGGGAUCAAGUCGCAACUUACAGAGUCACUCAAGGUGCUUCUAGACCCAAAUGUUCCCGGCAGCGGCCCCCCUCCAGAAAACAGAGAGGGCUUCAUGCCCAAGGGAAAACAUCAGGUUUCUUCCGAUCCCCAGCAAGACGCGUUCAUUGCCCACUUUUAUGAGCACUCGGUCGCCAAGCUGUUCAGGCCGCUGCUUGACCUGGAGAAGAGGCCUAACAUGAAGUUUAGUGCCCUCGAAGAUGGGAUUUUCGGGUACUUGAACGAGAUUCUCUGCUUUUACAUCAGGCAUCACACUUUUCGGAGCAAGCACUUUGUGUUUGACCACAACAUUGCGUCUAGGUUUGCGCAGCUUCUUGCCUGCAAACAGAAGCACCUCCAGCUUGUUGCCAUCCGCUUCUUCCGCCACCUCAUCCUCCUCCGUGACCCUUUUUUCACCAAACACCUAUCCGACAGGCGAAUUUUCGGCCCAGUCUUGGACACGCUGCUGCGGACGCUGCCGCGGGACAAUCUCUUGUCUUCGGCGUGCCUGGACUUUUUCACGUCGAUUAAUUAUGAGGGGGAUCGGGAGUUGGCCAGGCACAUCAUGGAGAAUUACCGGGAGAAGGUAGUGGCGCUGAGCCAUGUUGAUUACUUUAGGGGGAUGUUGAUGAGGUGGGAUCAGAGCCGGGGGUAUACGGUUAGUGAGGUGGAUGAAGAGGACGAGGUGAGGGGGGUGGGAAGGGGGGCGAUGAUGGAGCAUUUGGCUGUUGAUCAGGCGCAGGAGGAGUAUUGGAAUAGUGUUUCUGAUGAUGAGGAGGAGAAUCAUCAUCAUCAUCAUCAUCAUCAUCAUCAUCGUCCUACGGGCGUGGUGGUGAAUGGGGGGAAGCUGCCGCUGGUGGAGUACACGUCUGAUGAGGAGGAAGAGGGCGGUGGGGGGGAUGUGGUGAUGACGACGACGACGACAGCUGUGGAUGGGGGGGGGAAUGAGUCAAAGGAGAAUGAGAAGCCGGUGGUGGUGGUGCCAAGUACGCCGCCGCCGGAAAGAUUAUCGGAGAAGAGGAGGAGGGAGGAGGAUGAGGAUGACGCGCUGGAUAAGCUGAUGCAGCAUAAGAGGAGGAAUAGCAGUAGUGCGGGGAGUAAUUCUUCGUUGGGGUCGUCAGGGGUGGGGGGGAUGUUGAGGAAGAAGGGAAGUUUUCACAACAACAACAACAAUAACAGUGGGAAGGCGAGGAGUCGAGAGGGGAGUCCGAAUGGAGGAGGAGGGGGUGGACAGAAGAAGAUUGCGAUUAGUAUUGCGCCUGUUUUGAAGACGGCGGUUGUGAGGGCGGGGAGUCCGGCGGCGGAAGAGGGAGGGAGGGAAGUGAGGGGUGGGACUGGGAUUUAA